AUGGGUCACUGUAUUCAUGUAAUGUUACUGUUUCUGCUUUUUCUGGGAGCCUUAGGAACAAACGAAGAUGCUGCACCCUGUGAGAUGCUGGGGAAUCCAGAGUUUCCUCUGUUGGCUAAAGAAGGAGAUGUCACUAUUGGAGGCUCAUUUUCCAUCCAUAGCCAAAUCUCAAAGCCUCUGCUGUCCUUCAGAGAUACUCCAGAACAUGUCAUAUGCUCCAGGAUAAAUUUCAGAGAAUUUCGUUUUGCCCAGACUUUGAUUUUUGCGAUUGAGGAGAUCAACAAUAGCAGCUCUCUCUUACCUAAUAUCUCACUUGGUUAUAAGAUAUUUGACAGCUGUGGUUCAACACUGCCUUCAACGCGUGCAGUGAUGGGUCUAAUGAACGGACAGAAAAGGACUUUAGGAAAAAAUUGCACCAACCAGUCUGUUCAUGCCAUCAUCGGUGCUUCCGAGUCUUCCUCAACCAUUGUGAUGCUCCAAAUUUCAGGGGUUUUCCAAAUACCAGUGAUCAGCCACUUUGCUACCUGUGCUUGUCUGAGUAACAGAAAAGAGUACCCCUCCUUCUUCAGAACCAUCCCUAGUGACUACUAUCAGAGCCGAGCCUUGGCAAAACUGGUAAAACACUUUGGCUGGACAUGGGUUGGGGCAGUUAGAAGUGACAAUGAUUAUGGCAACAAUGGCCUGGCAACUUUUAUCACAGCUGCAAGUCAGGAGGGGGUCUGUGUUGAGUAUUCAGAGGCCAUCUCAAGAACUGACCCGAGUGAUCAAGUAGCCAGGGUGGUCAGAGUGAUCCAAAGAGGCAGUGCAAGGGUUUUAGUUGCCUUCCUUGCCCAGAGUGAGAUGAACAUUCUGCUUGAGGAAGCUCUGAAACAGAACUUGACUGGGCUGCAAUUGGUGGGCAGUGAGUCCUGGAUUACAGCAGGUCAUCUGGCCACUAAGAGGUACUCAGGAAUCCUGACAGGGUCUCUGGGCUUCACCAUCAGAAAGACAAAGAUUACAGGCCUGCAAGAAUUUCUUUUGCAUGUGAACCCAAGCCAGGACCCUCAGAAUAAUCUGUUGAGAGAGUUCUGGGAAGCAACAUUUGGUUGCAGUUUCCAAUCCAGUCUGCAUGGUCAGACACAGUGCUCUGGCUCUGAGGAACUACAGAACAUCAAUAAUCCUUUCACAGACGUGUCAGAACUAAGGAUAUCUAACAAUGUAUAUAAGGCUGUGUAUGCUGUUGCUCAUGCCAUGCAUAACAUGUUAAAAUGUGGAGAAAGUGAUGAAAGGUUGAAUAAGUCAUGCACCUGGAAAGGUGAUUUUGAACCACAACAGGUUGUGAAACAACUUCAAGAUGUGAAUUUCACUCUGAAUUCAGGAGAAAGAGUAUAUUUUGAUAGAAAUGGAGACCCUGCAGCGACUUAUGAGCUGGUUAACUGGCAGACAAACCAGGCAGGAGAUACUGUGUUUGUUGCUGUAGGGAGCUAUGAUGCUUCACUGCCAGAUGGACAGCAGUUUAGUAUGAAUGGAAUAGACAUAACUUGGGCUGCUGAAUCCCCAAAGAGGCCACAGUCGUUCUGCAGCAAGAGUUGUCUGCCAGGUUUCCGGCAGGCUAUGAUUAAAGGCAAACCCAUCUGCUGUUUCUCCUGCAUCACCUGUGCUGCUGGAGAGAUCAGCAGCUCCAACAAUUCUGCAGAGUGUUCAAGGUGUCCACUGGAGUACUGGUCAAAUGAAGAUCACAGCCAGUGUGUUCCAAAGGUGAUUGAGUUCCUAUCUUACGGAGAAACCAUGGGAGCCCUCCUUACUGCUUUCUCAUUGUUUGGAGCAAGUUUAACACUGGUGGUGUUAUGUGUCUUCUUUCAGUUUCGUCACACACCUCUUGUCAAAGCCAGUAACUCUGAACUGAGUUUCCUGCUGCUUUUCUCCUUGACUCUGUGCUUCCUGUGCUCUCUAACGUUCAUAGGCCGGCCCUCUGCGUGGUCCUGCAUGCUGCGACACACAGCUUUUGGCAUCACCUUUGCCUUGUGUAUGUCAUGCAUCUUAGCUAAAACCAUAGUUGUGGUGCUUGCUUUUAAGGCUAAAAGGCCAACAAACACAGUUCCUCAGUGUUCCGCUCCGCUUCAGAGAACAAGUGUUCUUAUCUGUACUUUACUGCAGGUUGUAGUUUGUGCAUUCUGGUUAACUCUUGCCCCGCCAUUCCCCUACAAAAAUACUGCUCAUGCUACUGAAAGGAUUAUUCUAGAGUGUGAUUUAGGUUCACCUAUAGGGUUCUGGGCUGUGUUGGGGUACAUCGGGCUUCUGGCUGUGUUAUGUUUUAUUCUUGCUUUUCUGGCUCGAAAGCUGCCUGACAAUUUCAAUGAAGCCAAAUUUAUCACCUUUAGCAUGCUGAUAUUCUGUGCAGUCUGGAUCACCUUCAUCCCAGCAUAUGUCAGCUCUCCUGGCAAGUUUACUGUUGCUGUGGAGAUAUUUGCUAUUCUGGCUUCAAGUUUUGGGCUACUUUUCUGCAUAUUUGCACCAAAAUGUUACAUUUUACUAAUAAAACCAGAGAAAAAUACUAAAAAACAUAUGAUGGGGAGAAAUCAGUCACAAUGA